AUGGAGCAGUGGAUCCAGGAGGAGAGCAGACACCUGCUGGAGAGCCUGAGACAAACCAAAUCUCCGUUUGAUCCCACGUUCUUCCUGAGCCGUGCCGUGUCCAACGUGAUCUGUUCUCUGGUGUUCGGACGGAGCUUCAGCUACGACGACGUCGACUUCCUGCGUCUGCUGCAGAUCAUCUCUGAUACAGUUUGCGUUGGGAGCAGCCCCUGGGGACCGUAGGAGAAAGACAUCCCAAACACAGAGUUCCACUAUGAUAACCUGGCAGCAACAGUUUUUAACCUUUUCCUAGCUGGGACUGAAACCACCAGCACCAUCAGAUUUGCCUUCAUGAUACUCAUAAAGCAUCCAGACAUUCAAGAACGUGUACAAAAGGAGAUUGAUUCAGUGCUUGGCCAACAUGGCGUCCCACGAAUGGAAGACAGGAAGUCCCUCCCCUUCACUGAUGCUGUCAUCCAUGAAGUUCAGCGCUAUAUGGACCUCGUACCCCUCAAUCUCCCACACUUAGCCAUCAAGGACAUCUCAUUCAAGGGCUACACCAUUCCUAAGGACACUGUGAUCAUUCCCAUGCUGCACUCUGUGCUCCGGGACGAGGACCAAUGGGAGAAGCCCUGGACCUUUAACCCUGACCACUUCCUGGACAAAAAUGGGAACUUCAAAAAGAACCCAGCAUUCCUUCCCUUCUCUGCAGGUAAACGGGUGUGUGCAGGUGAGUCAUUAGCGCGGAUGGAGCUCCUGAUCUUCCUGGUGUCCAUAGUGCAGCAGUUCCACCUCACCCCUGGAGGACCAUACAGCAUUAACAUCAGCCCAGAACUCAGCAGCUUCACCAACCUGCCUCACAAAUACCAGCUCAUUAUCACCCCCCGCUGA